AUGGGUAAAUCAAAUUCAAAGUCUAUUCAUUCUUCUCCUUCCCUCUCUUCCAUAUCAUCGGUAACAUCAAUUCCAAGAAUUCUUAAAACGCACCGUCAAAAAUCUUCUUCUAGUUCAGCACUUACUUACUUUUCUUCAAGUUCCUCAACCCAUCUAUCUUUAAAUUCUCCAAAUUCUUUAAAUACACAUCUUGAAAUUAUGUCACAAUAUCCUUCAUCAUUACAUGAAAAUUUAUCAAAUUCUGAUGAUUUUGAUACUCUUCAAUGCAUUGGAGAUAGAAAAUAUUGUAAGAGUGGAAUUGAGGAUGUGAACUAUGUGUAUCCAGUUGAUGAUGAUGAAGUUGAUCGGUGCCAAAUGCAACAUUUUUUAAUGAAACAUAUUUGGGAAGGUAAUUUUUCGGCUCCUAUUAAGGAAUUGUUAACCAGUUAUGAAACUAAGAUCCUUGAUAUUGGUUGUGGUUCCGGUGCUUGGAUUUUAGAAAUGGCUACAGAAAAUAAGUGUCCUCAAUUCGUAGGCGUAGAUAUUGUUCCACUCUACCCUUCCGAAAUUCAUCCAACCAAUGUAAAAUUCCGUCAAGCAAAUGUUCUUAGUGGCCUACCAUUUGAAGAUGAAACUUUUGAUUUUGUUUACAUGAGGUUUAUGACUUUUGCUUUUACCGUUAAUGAUUGGGAACGUGCAUUAAAAGAAGCUUUGAGAGUUACAAAGAAAGGUGGAUAUGUUGAAAUCAUGGAAACUGAUUUUAGAUGGUAUAACGAAGGUCCAUUCAAUUUAACUUCCAGUAUGUAUAAACUAUUAUACUAA